AGUUAGUUAACCAACCAGCCAACGAUCGUAAGCAGUAAUGUACUUGUGGUGUGCGCCAAGAAAUAGUAAACAUUUUGUAACUGGAUUUCGUAGAGUUUCAAGAGUAAUUUUGGCGCGAAAAUACUGGUAAUGUACAAAAAUAACAAAAAAUAUUCCAUGCGUGAAACAAUGCUACCAGUUUUUACAUCAGUCGAAAAGUAUAGCAGAUACCAUUGCAUAACGGGACGCACCGCAAAUCAUCUACAAUGGUACUACAAAAUUUUACUCAUAUUUCUUUUGGCUCUACUUCAUACUACAACAUCUAACGAUGAAAUUGCCAGUCAUAUUAGAAAAUGUUGCAUAAGCGGUAUUCAGUACGCUAGUAAGCAAUAUAACUGUGAGAAAUACGAUUACGAAGUGGCCACAAUACCGCCAUUGUGGCGUGGUCUCUGCCAUUCGACUUAUGGCGUCUGCUGCUCCCGCAAGCUGGAAGAGCAAUAUUGCGUAGCCGGCCGCCUUGCUGCUUUGAAGGGCUCACGCUGCGAUGAGCAAUACAAUACCACCGCCUUUCCUGAAUGCUGUCGCGCCUGCCAGGUGGGACUGGCCGUCAAGGCCAGUAAUAAUGAUUGUGACAACGCACUCUUCUCAUAUUUCCAUAAAAUGGAAACAUAUAACAUUUGCUGCGACGGAAAAACAAGAAACAAAUAUUCCGGCGCCAUUAUAAUUGAUGACAAUGUCGCCGGGCGUUCAUUCAAAGAAAAAACAAACCAGCUGAAAAGCGAAGCCAGCAAUUACUUAAAUGGCUCAGAGGAAGAAGCACAGACGAAUAUAGGCGACGAAUUGAUUGCCAAUGGCAGUGAUGGAACAAUCGUACUGCCAGGAGAUGAUGAUGACAUAUGCGGCAAAGUGCCGAAUCUGUGUGCCCAAAUUUGUGAGAAUACUAAGGAGGCGUAUCGCUGCAAAUGCAACCCUGGUUAUAAGUUGGAUGAGAAUAAUGUCACUUGUUCCCGUAUCAACAACGACCCCGAUGUAGAAAUCAACGCUGACAACGAACUAGUUGACGAGGAGGAGGAAGUGAUUGAUGACGAUGGCGACGGGGAUAGUAUUGCCGUCUUGGAAUCGGAAUUAAAAGGCGAUGAACACAAGCAAAUUUCGAAAGCGGGCUCUGCUAACAAGGAUGACUCGAUGAAGUGCAGCAGUGGCUAUGAAUUCGACUACACCAAAGGAAAAUGCACUGAUAUUAAUGAGUGCGCCAAUAAGUUGGACGACUGCAAAAGUAGUCAAUAUUGUCAUAAUACAGUCGGUGGCUAUCACUGUUUGAGUGUGAAUUCGAAGAAGUGCGACCCGGACAAGGAGAAAUGUGAAAACGAAUGCAACGCCGGUUACCACUAUAAAGAUGAAGACUGUGUUGAUAUCGACGAGUGUGCAGUGGAUGUGUUUGCGUGUGACAGCAGUCAGGUGUGUAGCAAUGACAACGGCGGAUAUCGCUGUGAUUGCAAAUUAGGGUUUAAUUUGGAUACUACCACAAACGCUUGCAUUGAUAUAAAUGAGUGCUCGAUUAACAACCAUAAUUGCCUUCCGACGCAACGUUGCGAUAACACAUACGGGUCGUAUGUCUGCGUGCGACUUCAAAGCUGCGGUACUGGCUACACUCUAAACGCCGGAACAGGGAAUUGCGACGAUGAUGAUGAGUGCGCCUUAGGUACCCACAACUGUCCAGCGGAUUACGAGUGUCAUAACACGAAAGGUUCAUUCCGCUGUUACCGCCAUAUGCCGUCGACCGUACGAGCCACAACAACAAUAAGGACGACUACAACAACAUCUACUCCGACGACACCCGUCAGUGGCUUAUCUCCCUAUAACUAUCGAAACCGAACGGCUUACAGUUAUCCGAACAAUUACGCUUCGCAUCUGACACACAGCCAAACUUAUUUGCGUGAGAAUUCACCGCGCUAUAUCGGGAUUACAGAAGCUGUUAAUAAACCUUCACCGCCUCCAUGCGGCAUAGGCUUCCAUCGCAACCAUUUGGGCGCUUGCGUAGAUCUCAACGAAUGUAUUCUGACGAAUCCAUGCAGUUCACAUCAACGUUGCAUCAAUACAAAUGGCUCAUAUCGCUGCCAAAACUUAUUGCAGUGCUCGGCAGGCUAUAAAUCUACACCGGACGGCACGCAGUGCAUAGAUAUUGACGAAUGCGAAACUGGCGAGCAUCAAUGUGCCGAGAAUCAGAUUUGUCGCAACCGCAACGGAGGUUACAUUUGCUCAUGUCCGCCUGGUCAUCAGCUGUCGCGUAUGCGAAACGGCAUAAACCGCUGCGUGGAUAUAAACGAAUGCCAUCAAGAGCAUCCGGCCGUGUGCCCAUCGAAUUCUCAGUGCCUGAACACAAUCGGCUCAUAUUACUGCGAGUGUAAGUCCGGUUUCCAGAAGAACAAAGACAAUGAGCAUAUUUGCCUCGAUGUGGAUGAAUGUCAAGAGAUACCAGGACUAUGCCAACAAAAGUGCGUAAAUUUUUGGGGCGGUUAUCGUUGCACAUGUAAUCAGGGCUUUGAAUUGAGUGCCGACAAUCGGACUUGCAAUGACGUGGACGAAUGUGAAGUGCAUAAAACGUACAAGCUUUGUAUGGGCUAUUGCAACAACGUGCCUGGGUCUUAUGAGUGCUCCUGCCCUCGGGGAUACACAUUGUCGGUGGACAAAACCACCUGCCGUGAUAUUGAUGAGUGUGCAACCGGCGAAUUUUGCACUGGGCGCAACGAUAUCUGCACCAACAUACACGGUAGCUACAAAUGCACAACUAUACAUUGCCAGUACGGUUAUGUUAAUGAUCCAGACCAGAAGAAGUAA